CCCUGCUCAGACCGCCCCGGUCCUGUUGCACGGAGACCCGACGCCGCCCGAAUCCCGGCGCCCGGGGCCGGGGGCUCGGCCGCGCUGUCUGCGCGUGCGCACGCCCUGGCUGGGCGGUGAGUCCCAGAAGUCUUCUCGACUUGGGCGGACCUAGGGGUCACCCGCCGCAUUUCUUCCAGGUUUUUACGACCCCGGGAUCCAUUUCUCGCCGGGAAAUGCAGUCUUGAGUUCUAUCUUGGACUGCAUUUCACUCAGGCGGCGGACAAAACUCGAACCUCUCGCUCCAUUUCCAUUUGCGCUCUGUGCGGGCUCCAGUCCCUCCUGAGGAAGAAAUCGGCGUGGCUCGCUGCGGGGAACCCCGAGUGGCGGUCUAGCUCCUCCAGACUCUGGGCUUUUCUGGUAGAGAGACCCUGAGAACCGAUCAGCUCUUGUCGGUAUAAAACCAUGGCCUGUGAGUCCCUAACUUUCAGGGAUGUGGUCAUAAACUUCUCUCGUCAUGAGUGGGACUAUCUCAACAUUGCCCAGAAAACCUUGUACCGGGAUGUAAUGAUGGAGAACUAUGGUAACUUAGUCUCACUGGGACAUUCCAUGUCUAAGCCAGAUAUAAUUACCUUAUUGGAGCAAGGAAAAGAACCCUGGAUGGUUGUGAGGGAAGAAACAAGAAGAGACCAUACAGAGAUGAGAUUUUAUUGUAUUGCUGAAGCUGGUCUCGAACUCCUGGCCUCAAGUGCUACUCCUUCCUUGGCCUCCCAAAGGGUUGGAAUUACAGAUUUGGAUUCAAGGUGUGAAAUAAUCAGCAAUGGAAAAAAACACAUUUAUAAGAAACGUUCGUCUUUUACUCUACAGCACAGAAUUCAUAAAGGAGAGAAAUUAUAUGAAUGUAAGGAAUGUCAAAAGGUUUUUUGUCAUCUUACAGAACUUACUUUACAUCAGAGGAUUCAUACUAGGGAGAAGCCUGAUGAAUGUGAAGAGUUUGAGGUUUUUAGUCAUCUUACAGACUUCAGAGAACAUCAGAAAAUUCAUACUCUUGAGAAACCUUAUGAAAGUGAAGAAUGUGGGAAGGACUUUAGUCGUCCUGUAAACCUUGCUAAACGUGGAAAAAUUCAUGCUAAGAAACCUUAUGAAUGUAUAGAGUGUGGGCAAGCUUUUAGGUGUAGCCGUCAACUUACUGCGCAUCAUAGAUUUCAUACUGGUGAGAAACCCUAUAAGUGUAAAGAAUGUGGGAAGGUCUUUAGUGUACAUGGACGACUGAGACGUCAUCAGAGUAUUCACACUGGUGAGAAACCCUUUAAAUGUAAUAAAUGUGGCAAGGCCUUUAGGCUCAAAUCAGGCCUUAAAGCACAUGAGACUAUUCAUACUGGAGAGAGGCCCUACAAAUGUAUGGAAUGUGGGAAAGCCUUUCGUCAGUUUGCACACCUUGUGGGUCAUAAAAGAAUUCAUACUGGAGAAAAACCCUAUGAAUGUAAGCAAUGUGGGAAAGCCUUUAGAUGUAAGUAUCAACUUACCAUACAUCAGAGAAUUUACACUAGGGAGAAACCCUAUGAAUGUAAAGACUAUCGGAAGGCUUUUAGUAGUAGCCAUCAACUUACUACCCAUCAUACAACUGAUAGUGUUGAUAAACCAUAUAAAUGUAAGGAAUGUGGAAAGGCAUUCAGCAUAUAUGGACGACUUACUCGACAUCAGGGUAUUCAUAGUGAUAAGAAACCCUUUGUAUGUAACAAAUGCGGGAAAUCCUUUAGACUCAACUCAUACCUUAAACUACAUCAGAAUGUUCAUACUGGUGAGAGACCCUAUGAAUGUAAGGAAUGUGGGAAGGCCUUUAGUCAGCCUGCACACCUAGGACAUCAUAGCAGAAUUCAUACUGGUUACAAACCGUUUGAAUGCAAAGAAUGUGGGAAGGCCUUUCGUUCCGCAUCAUAUCUUGUUAGACAUGAGAGGAUUCAUACUGGUGAGAAACCCUAUAUAUGUCAAGAGUGUGGGAAAGCUUUUAUUUAUAGCCAUAAACUUACUAUACAUCGCAGAGUUCACACUGGUGAGAAACCUUUUGAAUGUAAGGAAUGUGGGAAGGCCUUUAGUGUGUCUGGACAACUUACUCAGCAUCAGCGUGUUCAUAAUGGUAAGAAACCCUUUGAAUGCAACAAAUGUGGAAAGUCCUUUAGACUUAUUUCAAAACUUAAAGUUCACGAGAAUACUCAUAGUGAUGAGAAACCCUAUGAAUGUAAGGAAUGUGGGAAGGCCUUUCGUCACGCCACUAGCCUCAUAUAUCAUGACCGAAUUCACUCUGGUGAAAAGUUAUAUGAAUGUAAAGAAUGUGGGGAGACUUUCAGGGAUGCCUCACAGCUUGUUAUUCAUGAAAGAAUUCAUACUGGUGAUAAACCUUAUGAAUGUAAAGAAUGUGGAAAGGCAUUUCGUUGUGCCUCAUACCUUGUUAGACAUGAGAAGAUUCACACUGGUGAAAAUCCCUAUGUAUGUCUAGAGUGUGGGAAAGCUUUUAGUUAUAGCCAUGAACUUACCAUACAUCAUAAAAUUCAUGCUGGUGAGAAACCUUUUGAAUGUAAUCAAUGCAGAAGGUCCUUUAGGCUUAGUUCCAUCCUUGAAGUACAUCAGAGAAUUCAUACUAGGUAGAGACCGGUAUGCACAUAUAAUAAAGUACAUUGCGUCAAUGGAUUUAUACCACUAAGAAACAGUUUGAAUGAAGGCAGUGUGGGAAGGUUUUUAGAUAUGGUUCAGUUCUUACUAGGCAUUCAUUUGUAGUAGAGGAAGUAAGCCAGGCACAGAAAGAUAAAUAUUACAUCAUCUCAUUUAUAUGUGUAAUCUAACAAAAGUCAGUUCUCAAAAAAGAGUAGAUUGGUGGUGAUGAGAGGUUUAGGGGGACGGGUGCAUGAGGAAAGGGGAGAUGUUGAUGUAAGGGUACAAAAUUUCAAAUAGGAAUAAGCUUUAUUAUCUGUUGCCCAGAGUGGUGAGUAAAAUAAGCAUUGUGUAUUUAAAAAUUACUAAAAGGAUAUAUUAUACAUGUUUUCACACACACAAGUAUGUGAGGUGAUGGAUUUGCUAAUGAGCUUGAUUUAGUUAUUCCACUAUGUAAACAUACCAAAAUAUCACAUUAUUCCCUAUGUAUAAUUGUUAGUUGUCAAUUAAAAAUAAAUACAGCGCCCAUGCAGGAGCCAACCAAAACAUGCCUCCUUAGAAGAAGACACAAGCUAUUACCUAGGAAAAAUCCCAACAAAUUUAGGAGCUUUGUGUCAGACAGAACUGUCACUUGAGAAAUUACAAAGGUUUUAGGACCUCGUGACAAUAACUAGAGUCAAAGACCAAUGUUAGAACAAAAUAUUCUCCAAAUACUCCCAUUUACAAGGGUUUUAAGUGCUCUGGAUUUUUGCAUCAGUGUUGAUAAGGAUUAUUUAUUCAUAGUUUUCUUGUGUUGGUCUAGUAUACACAUUUUUUUUUUUUUGAGACAGUCUCACUAUGUCGCCCUCUGUAGAGUGCUUUGGCAUCACAGCUCACAACAAUCUACAACUCUUGGGCUCAAGUGAUUCUCUUGUCCCAGCAUCCCAAGUAGCUGGGACUGCAGGCACCCACCACAAUGCCCAGGUAUUUUUUGUUGCAGUUGUCAUUGCUGUUUAACAGGCCCGGGCCUUGCUCAAACCCACCAGCUUCGGUGUAUGUGUCCGGCGCCCUAACCUACUGAGCUACAGGCUCCAAGCCCAGAAUACACAUUCUUAAGUGCAUGGGGGAACUUUUCUAGGUCAGACCAUAGUAUGUUAGGCCCCAAACACAAUUUCAAAUAGAUUUGAAAGUCUAUUAUCCAGUGUAUCUUCCUCCAUCACUAAAGCAUAGUUAUAAAUCAGUAACUAGAAAAAUCAGAAAACUGACAGCUUUGUGGAAUUUUUUUUCCCCUGAUGUGUCUUUCUUUAUUGUUUGGAAUUCAUUGAGGGUACAAAGAAUUAGGUUACACUGAUUGCAUUUGUUAGAUAAAGUCCCUCUUUUUUUUUCUUUUUGAGAUAGUCUCACUGUGUCACCCUCUGUUGAGUGCUGUGGCAUCACAGCUCAUAGCAACCUCAAACUCUUGAGUUUAAGUGAUCCUCUUGCCUCAGCCUCCCAAGUAGCUGGGACUACAGGCGCCUGCCACAAUGCCCGGCUAUUUUUGUUGUUGUUGUUGUCUUUGUUGUUUAGCAGGCCUGGGCCAGGUUUGACGCACCAUCCCUGGUGUAUGUGGCCAGGGAGCUACAGGCGCCAAGCCUAAAGUCCCUCCUAUAAUUGUGUCCUGCCCCCAAAAGGUGUGUCAUACAUCAUCACCCCAUCUCCCUCUCUCCCCGCUACCUCAUUCCCCUACCCCACCCCUUGUAUUAGAUCAUUUACUGCCUUCAUAUUAAAAUUAAGUACAUUAGAUUCUUGCUUCUCCAUUCUUGUGAUGCUUUACUAAGAAGGAUGCGUUCCAACUCCGUCCAGGUUAAUAAAGAUGCAAAGUUUCUAUCUUUUAAUGGCUGAAUAGUAUUCUGUGGUAUACCUGUACCACAGCUUGUUAAUCCAUUUCUGGAUUGGUGUGCACAGAGGUUGUUUCCACAUUUUGGCACCUGUAAAUUGAGCUGUGAUAAACAAUCUAGUGCAAAUGUUCUUAUGAUAAUAGGACAUUUUUUCUUUUGAGUAGAUGUCUAGUAAUGGGAUUGCAGGAUCAAGUGGGAGGUCUAAUUUGAGUUCUUUGAGGAUUCUGCAUACUUCCCUCCAAAAAGGUUGUAUUAGUUCGCAGUCUGACCAGAAGUGUAAAAGUGUUCCCUGCUCUCCACAUCCAUGCCAGUACCUGAAGCUUUGAGUCUGUGAUGUGGGCCAUUCUCACUGGGGUUAGGUAAUAUCUAGGGUAGUUUUGAUUUGCAUUUCUCUGAUGAUUAGGAACAAUGAGCAUUUUUUACAUAUGUUUGUUAGCCAUUCAUCUGUCUUCUUUAGAGAAGGUUCUAUUCGUGUCUCUUGCCCAGUGAUACAUGGGAUUGUUGGCCCUUUUGUUGUUAAUUAAUUUGAGUUCUCUGUAGAUCCUAGUUAUC